ACACCUGUCACACCUGUCUCUGUUUCAGAUGGAUUUCUACAUGUUUUUUUGGAGCGCUGUGUGUUCAACUCCACUGAUCCUGACGACAUUCAGUUCAUUGCCUCUUAUUUCUACAAUAAACUGGAGUACGUCAGGUUUGACAGUCGAGUCGGAAAGUUUGUGGGAUACACAGAGUACGGAGUGAAGAACGCAGAGAGAUGGAACAAAGAUACUGCAUAUCUCGAGGCAUGGAGACAAGAGAAGGACAGAUACUGUGUUCACAACAUCAACAAUCUGGACCAAGCCAUCCUCUCCAAAUCAGUGGAGCCGUACGCGGUGCUGAGCUCAGCGCCCUCUGCUGGCAGUGACAGGGUCCUGGUCUGCAGCGUCUACGGCUUUUACCCCGAACACAUCAGUGUGUCCUGGACCAACCACCAGCAGAGUCUGACGACCGGAGUGACCACGACUGACCUGCAGCCAGACGCAGACUGGUACUACCAACUGCACUCACAGCUCGAGUACUCCCCCAGGUCUGGAGACCAGAUUUCCUGUGUGAUUGAACACAAGAGUCUCAAAGAACCAAUGGUCCUGGACUGGGAGGGCGCUCUCUCAGACGGGGACAGGAAUAAAAUCGCCAUCGGAGCCUCUGGUCUGGUCCUGGGUCUGGUUCUGUCUUUGGCCGGGUUCAUCUUCUACAAACACAAGUCCAAAGGCUGGAUAAUCGUCCCACGGGGCUCCUAAAGACUCACGAAGGUUCCUGAAGGUUCCUGAAGGCUCCUGAAGGCUCCUGAAGGUUCCUGAAGGUUCCUGAAGGUUCCUGAAGGUUCCUGAAGGUUCCUGAAGGCUCCUGAAGGCUCCUGAAGGUUCCUGAAGGUUCCUGAAGGCUCCUGAAGGCUCCUGAAGGCUCCUGAAGGUUCCUGAAGGUUCCUGAAGGCUCCUCUCGUGUCCUGAUGUUUGUCUCUGGACUAAAUCUGCUGCUUUUCUUGGGGUUGCGGUUCAUAAAACACAAUCAGAGGUUUUAGAAUAAAAGUGAUUUGACGCAGGUGAAGAUGAGACGCUUGAGCUGUGAUCUGUGAGGAACAUCUGUGUUUGUGAGGAGCUUCAUGUCUCUGUCCAUUGUCCUUCAAAUAAAUCCUAAAGUAAAGCUGAGUGUGGUGAGGAGCUGGAGGAAAGUGGCGUCUGUGAGAAGAAGGAAAUGUAAAGGUGAUGAUUGUUGGUGUGUGAAGCUCCGUUUGACGGCGUCUUUCUGCUUCUGCUUUAAUAAAAUGAAUCAGUUUGUUUGAGAAGAUCAA